UUAAGAAGCUGGAGCAGAAGAUCGACAUGGACGAGAAGAUGAAGAAGAUGGGAGACAUGCAGCUCAGUGCCGUGACCGAUACCAAGAAGAGGAAGACCAUACUGGACCAGAUCUUUCUGUGGGAGCAGAACUUGGAACAGUUUCAUAUGGGUUUGUUCCGGUUCCGAUGUUACCUGGCCAGUCUGCAGGGAGGGGAGCUGCCCAACCCCAAACGCCUGCUAGCCGUAGCCUCCAGACCCACUAAACUGGCCAUGGGACGCCUCGGAAUCUUCUCUGUGUCGUCCUUUCAUGCUCUGGUGGCAGCCCGUACAGAGAGCGGAGGGAAGAGACGUACCCAGGCCAUGUCACGUACCUCCUCAUCCAAACGUAAGAGCAGGUUCUCCUCUCUGUGGGGCCUGGAUACUACUUCCAAGAAGAAGACCACAGCCCACCCCACCAUCAACCAGGUAUGUGUCUUUAACUCCAGCAGACCACAGCCCACCAUCAACCAGGUAUGUGUCUUUAACUCCAGCAGACCACAGCCCACCAUCAACCAGGUAUGUGUCUUUAACUCCAGCAGACCACAGCCCACCAUCAACCAGGUAUGUGUCUUUAACUCCAGCAGACCACAGCCCACCAUCAACCAGGUGUGUGUCUUUAACUCCAGCAGACCACAGCCCACCAUCAACCAGGUAUGUGUCUUUAACUACAGCAGACCACAGCCCACCAUCAACCAGGUAUGUGUCUUUAACUCCAGCAGACCACAGCCCACCAUCAACCAGGUAUGUGUCUUUAACUCCAGCAGACCACAGCCCACCAUCAACCAGGUCUUUGCUGAUGGGGAGGAGCCUGUGAAAAAGCCCCUGGACGGGAUCUAUGAUGUGGACACUGCCAGGGAGAGAGGGAAGAGUCAUGAGGGGAAGAGUCUUCCUCAGGUCAACUCAGACAGUCACAUGACAGACAGUGAUAUCUGGGUGCCUGAGCACCUGACUCCGUCCUGGGUGUGUCUUCCAAACGACCAGCCUGUCCUCGCCAUCAUCCAGCCUGGAGAGUCUGCUCUGUACGCGCUAGAGACCAUCUGCAAGGCCCACCAGCUGGAUUCCACCAAACAUUAUCUGCGUCUCAAGUUCCUCAUGGAUAACCAAGUCCAAUUCUACAUCCCUAAACCUGACGAGCAGUUGUGUGACUUGCUUUAUAAAGAGAUAGAGCUGGGCUCCAAAAUAACCAAAGUCGUCCAGUUCGACAGGGAUGAGUCCUGUAUGAUUGGCUACGGGUUUUCCAUCUCAGUGGUAGAGGAGGAUUUUGUGCAGCAGCUCUACAUAACCGAUGUAAAGGCGGGAGGAUUGGCCUUCGCCAGAGGUCUGAAUGCGGGCGAUGAGAUCUUGCAGCUGAAUGGGAAAGACUCGUGCAGAUUGAAGUUCGGGGACAUGAAGGGGGCGUUUUCCCAGGCCUCUCUGUCCCUGACCGUCAACACUCUGCCCUCCACGGACCGACGACAGCUCUGCUACCUGCCCCCCCGACGCUCUGACGCACAGGAAGUCCUCCACACAGACAUCUUCUCUGUGAACCAGGAGGAGAUUCUGGAUGACAGGGUUGGUCUGAUGCUGGAUAGUUCUGGAGCCAGCCUGGACGACGACUCUGAGAUCUUCAGCGGUUCUGGAGCCAGCCUGGACGACGACUCUGAGAUCUUCAGCGAGGCAGACCAAUGCAAAAAG